GCCCCCGGGAGUCUAUGGUGAGGCCUGCCCCGUCCGGCCCCUCGGGACCGAGUUACCCUGCAUGGCUCCGCCGGGGCCGGCUCCGGUGCCUAGAUAACGGUCCGUCCCCGCCCCACGCGGCGCAGCCCCCAGCGCCGGAGGAGGCCCAGGAUGGACAUUCCUCGGUAUGAACCCGUGGCCGAGAUUGGCGUUGGUGCCUAUGGGACGGUAUACAAGGCCCGCGACCCCCACAGCGGCCACUUCGUGGCCCUCAAGAGUGUGAAAGUCCCAACAGGAGGAGGAAGUGGGGGCGGCCUGCCUGUCAGCACUGUCCGGGAGGUGGCCCUCCUGAGGAGGCUGGAGGCCUUUGAGCAUCCCAAUGUUGUCCGGCUGAUGGAUGUCUGUGCCACUGCCCGAACUGACCGAGAGACCAAGGUGACCCUGGUGUUUGAACACGUGGACCAAGAUCUGAGGACAUAUCUGGACAAGGCCCCUCCGCCAGGGCUGCCCUUGGAGACCAUUAAGGACCUAAUGAGACAGUUCUUAAGAGGCCUGGACUUUCUUCAUGCCAACUGUAUUGUCCACCGUGACCUGAAGCCAGAAAACAUACUUGUGACCAGUAGUGGAACAGUCAAGUUGGCUGACUUUGGCUUAGCCCGGAUCUACAGCUGCCAGAUGGCACUAACACCUGUGGUAGUCACGCUCUGGUAUCGGGCCCCUGAGGUUCUCCUGCAGUCAGCAUAUGCAACACCUGUGGACAUGUGGAGUGUUGGCUGCAUCUUCGCAGAGAUGUUCCGUAGGAAGCCUCUCUUCUGUGGAAACUCUGAAGCUGACCAGUUAAGCAAAAUCUUUGACCUGAUUGGGCUCCCAGCAGAAGAUGAUUGGCCUCCUGAUGUUUCUCUGCCCCGAGGAGCCUUUACUCCAUGCAGUCCCCAGCCUUUACAGUCUGUUGUGCCUGAGCUGGAGGGACCUGGAGCACAAUUGCUACUGGAAAUGCUGACCUUUAGCCCCCACAAACGAAUCUCUGCCUUCCGAGCUCUGCAACACACUUACCUACAGACAGCUGGGGAAGGGAAUACAGAAUGACCACUGGAGAGGCUGUAUCCAGGACCAAUACAGAAAAA